UGCUUCUUUGACAUCAUUAGAGUGUACCGAAGACUCUAUACCUUUUAUGACAACUACUAGCCCUUUCGAGCUCUUCAGUUGGUAAGAGUAGUAAUUCUUGUUAUUAUUUGAGAAGCAUUUGACAACAUCCAUGAAACUUUUUUCAGUGCAAGUUUGAAUUUUUGUUUCAUAUAUAUAUGUUACCUUUUUCAAGGGCACUAUGUGAAAAUUGUUUUGAGACAAGCGCAUUUGAGCUCCGCUCACGCAAAUUGAUUGGAGGGUGUUUGGCAUUCACGACUGUGGUGGUAUCUUUUGCAUCAGCAUAGGCUCUUUGCUCAGUAAGGCAAAUCUUUUGCCAUUAACAAUUUCUGGCUUUUACCAUAUGCCGUGCCUGUUUGAAAUUUUUUGGUAUUCACCGCUGAUUUAAUUGCAUUUGAUUUCCUUUUUACAUUUAUAUAGUUAUCAAUAUCAUACGUAUACGUACGUUACGAGCGCUGUUGAAAUAGUCUGCAUCAUGUUUGGAAAAAUACCGUCCAUACGCAGAGAUUUAAACAAUUUGAAACCGUUUAUUGCCUAAAGUAUUUUGACCUUCUUUAUGUUAAUACAGGUUAGAAAUUUUUAGCGUCGGCACUCUGAAAAAUUCGUGUGAUGAUUUUUGGCAAGUUCAUUAGUGUCGUUACUUGUUUAUCGAUCAGUAUUCUUUGGUUUUCAUAUUUAGCUUUCAGUGCUUCCAAAGCCAAAUUGAAAUUGUCGUCAUUAAGGGUGAACUGUGUGACUAUUACGCCUGCUUGACCUUUGGUUUUGUAUCUGAGGUGAUACAACUUUUGCGCUUUCGAUAAUUUAGGAUGGUUUAUGUACAGGCCCGUGAACAUGUUCUGGAAGGACAUGUCCCGGAAAGACGGCCAAUCUUCAAAACCUCCGUAAAAGGUUUCUGGGUCACACCUGUUUUAAGCGCGUAGCUCCUGUAGGUGUAUUUUGAUUUUUUUCGUUAUUAACCGUUUUGUUAUAUUGUAUAUUAAAAUAUUGUUAACAUUUUUCUCAGUGUAAACUGAUUUACGGUAUCUAAUCUAAGCGAUAAAGUAUAAUAAACUGUAUACUCUUUUAAGUAAAUAAUAGUUAGUUUUUUAUUGUACACAACUCUAUAUAUGGUAUAUGUCGAUUAUUUAUAGGCGUUACAAACAUUUCUUAAGACAGUGUUUAUUUAUUGAUGUAUAUUUUUUUUGCCGCAGAUAUAUCAGAUUGCACUUCAGCCAGCGUUUUUUCCAAUCCUCUAAGCACUUAAAAACUCAUUUAGCUCCUUCUUCGAUGCAGUAUUUAUCUCUUCAAUUGUCGAAUACCGUAGUCUUUUCAUGAAUCUCUUUAGUUUAGGGAACAAAAAAUAAUAACAGGGGAACAGGUCUGUGGAAUACAACAGUGCUCGCGCACUUAGUUUUGUCUUUCACAAAAAAUUCUAUACAGGCUCUUUGGACUAACCAAAAAUCGAAGAUGAACCAAAACACUCCAAAUAAAAAAAUCAAAAAUAGAAUAUGCAUGGCCUGCGAAAAAAUUCGUGAUUCUUCAUGUACAGAGUAAAUUAUAGUUUUUAAUGACUCAACCUUUAGCCUUCUCACCGAAAAAAACGAAUAACAAGUUUUUAUAUGUAAUAAAUUUUUUCAGUCUUGGUACGACUACAAAUUAAGAUGGGAACCUAAAGAAUAUGGAGGGGUGCACAUGCUGCACGUCCCUUCGGAUCACAUCUGGCGUCCGGAUAUAGUUCUAUAUAAUAACGGAUCUUGUGCUGCAGCCCACGAAUUCUAUUUAAUUGUAAUAUCAUCAUUUACCUAAAGAUUUUGUCAUCUACAAGUACUUGGGGCAAGUGGUACUCAACGCUGAGUGUGCUUCUUUACAAAGCAAACAGCUUGGAUCGUUAGUGAAUGACAUCGCUACAAGUCCACCGGCUUCACAAUAUAAGUAUAUAUAGUGGCGACCUGUCUACGGGGUUGUAAUGUGCCCCAGGUGGAAAACCCUAAAGCAACGGGGACUAGCGGAGUAUUCCCGAAUUCGCCUCGGGUCUCUCGCACGCUCUUAGUGCUUGUUUCCAGCUAUUCUAUUCGCACUCCUUUUGCAGUGUCUCACAUAUCUCUUCUUGAGUAGUUAUUUCAUCCAAAUCCUUGCACACAAUCGUGACGUUGUGGGUGUUGCGCUGUAUCACAGGUAAUUCUAGUAUUUGGUUAAUUUCACUACUUGCUGUUUCUUCAGGUAGUUUUAUAUCUGUAAAUGUAUGGUUGGGAGAACAAUUGAGUGGUCAAAACGAAACAGCAAUGCAGAAAUAAAGCACGCGCUUUGUUUGGAUUGCUGUGUCAGGGGAAAAAGAAUAUGUUUCAACAAAAGUGCCACGGAAUAUAUGCAGAUUUAGUGUCCGUUUGGAUAUACAGUUUCCCAAAAUUCUCAGGAAAGAAAUCAAAUAUAGUUGGUGUGGAAAACUAAAAAUUUUAAGAAAUACCAGAACCGCACUAAAACCACAACCACCUCAUUUGAACACUAUACAUAUUUACACUGGUUUGUAGGCGAAGCUGUUACAGCGGCGAGGGAAACGGGAUGGAUUUUCUGCCAGCAACACAAGAUUAGUUUCGUCAGUCCUCCGACACAUUGACUCUUUGACAAAACGUUAGUUUCGGCCAUUGGUUGUCCGUGAUAAAGGAGAUUUCGCAGGAAAUAAUAAGUGUACAACUUAACACAUAAUAAAUUAACAAAGUUUCAAUAAUUAAAGUCAAAUCAGAUUCCGGGAACCUGCUCCGUAAAUGCGCGGUAAUUUGAACAUAAAUAUUUUGCAAGUUCAAAACAGCCACACGCGCAUCCGGCGUAAUACUGCUAUUGGUGCUAAAGUGCUGAUCUUGCAUACUGCACUUACUGCAAACAAUAACCUUGUUCACGCCUUUGGCUGAGUAACCGAAUAUCAAAUGUUUUAAACUAAAUAAAGAAUUAAAUUUUAUAAAUUCAGUCUCCUUUUCGUAGUUUCCGGGUCCGAUCAAUAAACGAAAAAAUCUCUAUUCUUUUAAGGCGUGUUCGAUCUCAGGAAUGUACCAAAGCAUUAUCCAAUGGGUUUCGGUGAUCUCGCAGUUUAGAUAUAUGUUUAAUUCUGCUAUCUUCUACUUCUUUCUUUACCAUAGGAAUAUCAAGAUCUUUAUGGAUAUUUUCGCUACGCAUGUACCAUGGUGAACACAUAAUUGUUCGAAGAAUUUUCGAUCGGAAUCUUUGUAUAAUAUCAAUAUUAGUUGCACAGGUUGAAUGCCAUCCAUCCAAAUCGGCUUUACAACCGCAUUAGAUAAAAGCACUUUGUUGUCUAGACUAAGUUUAGAGUUUUUAUUUAAAAUUCAAUUUAAAUUUGCAGCUCUAAUCUUCAUACAUGUUAUUUUACUAGAGAUGUGUUUUCUCCACGUGAGCCUUCUGUCUAGGUGAAUCGCAAGAUAAUUUACUUCAUUCGCUUGGGGUACUAAACUAUUAUUUAUUUUUACUGCCGGGCACGGUCUAAGCUAAAAUGUAACAUGCUUACACUUCUGUUCACUCACAUUUAUACGCCAGUUCACUAGCCAUCCUUCGAAAGAACUUAAAUGCUCGGCUAAUAUUCUUGAUGCCAGAAUGUGGCAGUUGUUGCGGUUCACUGUAGCUGUGUCAUCCGCAAAAGUUGAAGUUAAUACAUUCUUAGCUGUUGGAAGAUCUGCUGUAUAUAUGAGGUAUAGAGUUGAACCUAAAACGCUGUCUUGUGGUACACCAAACCUUAUCUGUCUUUCAUCAGAUAUGAAAUCUCCUACUUUCACCAUAAAUUGUCUAUUAUUUAAAUAAGACUCCAAUGUUUUAUACAAUUCUAAAGGUAGAGUUUUUUUAAUCUUACAUAAAGGCCUUUAUGCCAUACCUUAUCAAACGCUUGAGCUACAUCUAGAAAUAUUACUGAACAGUACUCACUGUGCUCAAAUGAUGAAAUGAGGUUCUAUAAUUUCAUUUUGAAUAAUAAUUAUCAGAUUAUCGUGCAUCGAACAGCAUAGAGUAGCGCGCAGAUUCGAUGUCGUGUCGCAGUGUAGAUCGAAUGUUCCCUACUUGUUUUUAAAGAAAAAACGAAUAAACUUCAAAUUUACUGGGUAAUGUUGUCAAGAUCACGAUCGGUCGGAUUCGGAUCUUCUUGGAACUUUUCAAGUAUGUAUUUUAUACGCUUUCAAUUUAAGAUCUCGAUGUUACAUGCGCUAAGUCGUUCAAACGUCAGUUCGAAUUGCUGCGAACGGCGCCGAAUCGGCGCUCUCAGCUAUGGCUACUAUAUUUUCUUCACUCCUUGGUGGAUAUGGGCAAUUCGGUCGAUUAUUAUUAUGUUGGCCAUAAGUUGAGCGUAAUAAUGUUGAACGAUUUGUAAAUGUUGCUCAGACGUAAGUCUUUCCAGAAUGAAAUGUCAAACAAAAAUAACAUGACAGCUUGACACGACUCACGCGUGAUCUUCCAAAAAAGGCUAUUGAAAAAGGUACCUAUAACUGGAUAGCUCGUUAUAAAGCGAAUGAUAAUUUACUGAUGUGAGACCAUCCUUUUUGUUGCUUGGCGCUGGGUAGCGUCGUCGUAUGCUGCCAUCUUGCUAAGUGUGGUGUUGUUCUCAGGUGUGGUGUGUAUUAGUAGAGUCCCUGCCAGCCAAGAGUGGUUAAAAAACUAGUGAAACAGUAGGUUCAGUAGUGAACUCAUCUUGCUAAGUGUGGUGGUGUUCUCAGGUGUGGUGUGUAUUAGUAGAGCCCUGCCAGUCAAGAGUGGUUAAAAAACUAGUGAAACAGUAGGUUCAGUAGUGAGCUCGCCAUAAGCCGCGUGAAGAUUCUAACCACUUUUCUCCUCACACGUACAUAUACAUGUGAUCAUACAUCUCUGUUGCGCUCAUUCAGCAGUGUCAUAUACUCGAUAUAUGAAAAAUAUGUCACAAAGCACUCCACGCUUUUCUCAUAAUAAUGCAGGAUUUUUUCCUUCAUUAUUAUUGUUAGUUUAUACAAAGAAUUAUUUUUCACUUUUUAGCUUGAUGUGCUUUAAAAGCGUAUUUUAUAGUUUUUUUAACCAAAUUUAUUUUUAAUUUUUUAGCUUGAAACUCCAAAUUUGUUAAAAUCAGUUCAGAUAUUAGGUAGGUAGAAUAUUUCUUUUUGUAUUUUAAAUUUUUACGAAUUCUUAUUUUCCGCGGGAACCAAAAAAGUAACGGUACAAACUUGGCUUAAUCCAUUUCUAUUGUUCUUGAAUAGCACUCAUAAUUCAAGUGGUCGACCCGGAAAAUAGGUAAACUAGGUAGGUGGGUUGGGAGAAUGGGGUCAUGUGUAGAAGUUCACGCAAGUGAGGAAAGUUCUCUGAUCGCCAUUCACUUGGGAGUGGCCAGAAACGAUACUUUUACAUAUGACUCAAGCAGCUCACGACUUCCGGUCUUUGACCAAGUAUCCUCUGGGUAGCCUAAGAAUAUCCGUUCGAAGGUGAGCUAAAGUGAGAAGGCGAAACACCCCUGCAUAGGGUUGUGCGCUGGGUUUGGGACCCGCCACGUAAAAAGCUCACCCCAAUGAAAAACCAACAGCAGCCUCGGAUGAGAGACCCCCCUUUUGAUGACGACCAUGGCAAACGAAAGAAGGACUACGAAUUAAGGGCAUGCACCUGGAAUGUCCGGUCCCUUAAUUGGGAAGGUGCCUCUGCCCAGCUGGUUGAUGUCCUCGUAAAACCAAAGGCUGACAUCACCGCCGGGACAAGGACAGAGACGAGUAGGUCCUUGUGACAUUUACUACAGUGGCCAUAUAAAGGAGCGCAAGUUUGGUGUGGGAUUCGUGGUGGGAGAGAGACUCCGUCGCCGAGUACUAUCAUUCACUCCGGUGAAUGAACGUCUAGCCACAAUCCGCAUCAAAGCGAGGUUCUUCAACAUAUCGCUGAUCUGCGCCCACGCUCCGACGGAUGAGAAGGACGAUGUGACAAAAGAUGCCUUUUAUGAGUGCUUGGAACGCACUUAUGAGAGAUGCCCCCGCCACGAUGUCAAAAUCGUGCUUGGCGACUUUAACGCCAGGGUGGGCAAAGAAGGUAUCUUUGGCACUACGGUCGGUAAAUUCAGCCUCCACGAGGAAACAUCCCCAAAUGGGUUGAGGCUGAUCGACUUCGCCGUGGCCCGAAAUAUGGUUAUCUGUAGUACUAGAUUCCAGCACAAAAAAAUUCAUCAAGUUACCUGGCUGUCUCCGGAUCGAAAAACUACCAACCAGAUCGAUCAUGUUGUGAUAGACGGAAGACACGUCUCUAGUGUUUUAGAUGUGCGUGCGCUCCGAGGUCCUAACAUCGACUCGGACCACUAUCUUGUUGCAGCCAAGAUUCGCACCCGCCUCUGUGCUGCAAAAAACGCACGCCAACAAACACAAGGAAGGUUCGACGUCGAAAUGCUGCAAUCACAACAGACUGCCGAACGAUUUUCUACUCGGCUUGCACUCCUGCUCUCUGAGAGCACUCAUCAACAACUCGCUUUAAGGGAACUGUGGGACGGCAUUUCAAACUCCUUACGUACAGCUGCAUCCGAAACCCUUGGUUUUCGGAAAGUGCAAAAGAACAACUGGUACGACGAGGAGUGCCGCGCCGCAGCGGAGAGAAAACAGGCUGCCUACCUCGCAACGUUACGAUCGACCACAACACGUGCGGGAUGGGAUAGAUACCGAGAAUUGAAGAAGGAACCGAGACGCAUCUGCAGACAGAAAAAGAAAGAGGCCGAAAUGCAUGAGUAUGGAGAGCUUGAUAAGCUGGCCGACAGGGGUAAUGCUCGAAAAUUCUACAAAAAAAUGCGGCGGCUUACAGAAGGUUUCAAGACCGGAGCAUACUCUUGUAGAACCCCCAAAGGUGAUUUAGCCACUGAUGCGCAGAGUAUACUUAAAUUAUGGAGGGAACACUUCUCCAGCCUGCUGAAUGGCAGUGAACGCACAACACCAGGAGAAGGAGAACCCGGUUCCCCAAUCGAUGACGAUGGAGCAGACGUACCAUUACCCGACCAUGAAGAAGUUCGAAUAGCAAUUGCCCGCCUGAAGAACAACAAAGCGGCAGGGGCCGACGGAUUGCCGGCCGAGCUAUUCAAACACGGCGGCGACAAGGCGACUCCCUAUCGUGCCAUUUCUUCAACCUGCUUCUGGAGAAAAUAGUUCGAGCUGCAGAACUAAACAGAGAAGGUACCAUCUUCUAUAAGAGUGUACAGCUGCUGGCGUAUGCCGACGAUAUUGAUAUCAUCGGCCUCAACACCCGCGCCGUUAGUUCUGCUUUCUCCAGGCUGGACAAGGAAGCACAGAAAAUGGGUCUGGCAGUGAACGAGGGCAAGACGAAAUAUCUCCUGUCAUCAAACAAACAGUCGUCGCACUCGCGACUUGGCUCUCACGUCACUGUUGACAGUCAUAACUUUGAAGUCGUAGAUAAUUUCGUCUAUCUUGGAACCAGCGUAAACACCACCAACAAUGUCAGCCUAGAAAUCCAACGCAGGAUAACUCUUGCCAACAGGUGCUACUUCGGACUGAGUAGGCAAUUGAAAAGUAAAGUCCUCUCUCGACGAACAAAAGCCAAACUCUAUAAGUCACUCAUAAUUCCCGUCCUGCUGUAUGGUGCAGAGUCUUGGACGAUGUCAACAACGGAUGAGUCGACGUUGCGAGUUUUCGAGAGAAAAGUUCUGCGAAAGAUUUAUGGUCCUUUGCGCGUUGGCCACGGCGAAUAUCGCAUUCGAUGGAACGAUGAGCUGUACGAGAUAUACGACGACAUUGACAUAGUUCAGCGAAUUAAAAGACAGCGGCUACGCUGGCUAGGUCAUGUUGUCCGAAUGGACGAAAACACUCCAGCACUGAAAGUAUUCGACGCUGUACCCGCCGGGGGAAGCAGAGGAAGAGGAAGACCUCCACUCCGUUGGAAGGACCUAGUGGAGAAGGACCUGGCUACGCUUGGAAUAUCCAAUUGGCGCCAUAUCCAGCGAAAGGAGAAACGACUGGCGCGCUGUUGUUAACUCGGCUAUAAUCGCGUAAGCGGUGUCUACGCCAAUUAAGAAGAAGGUAAGUGGGUUGUCUCAUUUUCCAUUUAUUCAGGUAGAGGGGUUCAAAUAUUAGGUAGGUAAAAUAUUUCUUUGUGUAUUUAAAAUUUUUAUGAAUUCUUUUUUUAUAUUGAAUGAAUCUAUUUUUUUCUUUUAUGAGAUUUACCAAUAUUGUGAAAUAUAAUCGAGUCACAUCGACGGGACAGCGAAAGUUUAAAAAAGGAGUUUUCUAUUGCAGUUGCUUUUCGGAGGCGUUUUGAAAACUAGUAUCUGAAUUUUUUUUUACUACAAAAAUUUU